UUGAUAAAUUCGUCACGUGUAGAUGAAUAUAUUUGCAUUUAUUUGGACGUCUUAUCACUAUUAUCAGUUAUUUAGGUUAAAUUUAUAACUCUCACCUGACUAAGGAAAGAUUAAAUUACGUAUUUAAACGCACCUGCGUGUUGUAGCUAAAGAUCUGAUGGUGAAAUUACCGGUGUAAAGAGCCAGAGUCUGGGAUCUCAUCUUCCAGGAGUAAAUAUAAUUGCAAGUUAUCAUGUCUUCCUUGGGUUAUCUGCCCAUAACCCUCGUUGUUUUAGCCUUCGCCACGUUCAUAGCAACAUAUAUAAUAGCUGUUGCUAGGGGUGAUGUGUCUGCGGCCUUUCCAUAUAUAAGUGAUACUGGAGCAGAAAUACCAGAAAGUUGUAUUUUUGGACAGUUUUUAAAUUUAACAGCAUGUCUAGCGUUUUGUACGAUGUAUAUAAGAUAUAAAGCUAUUCAAGCGAUAGCCGGAGAUGAAGACGUCUGGUUACGGAGAAUGAAUAAAAUCUCAUUCAUCAUGGGUACUAUAUCAGCUAUUGGGGUAUCUAUGGUUGCAAAUUUCCAGGAGCGAACGGAGGUUGAACCAGUUCAUUUUACCGGAGCAGCGUUGACGUUUAUUUUGGGAUUAUUAUAUACGUUUGUCCAGACGGGAAUAUCGUAUCACAUGUAUCCAGAUUAUAGUGGUAUAUAUAUAUGUCGUGUACGAUUAGCCGUCUGUCUCACGUCACUCGCUAGUUUUAUCAUCACCGCUGCAGCUGCUGGUUAUGCUGUUUAUGAAUGGAAAAGACACAGUCAUGAUGAAUCUAAAUUUAAAUGGAAACCUGACGAUCCAGGUUAUGCAGCUCACGUGGUUUCAACCGCUGGUGAAUGGAUGACUGCCAUAUCCUUUAUGUGUUAUUUUUUUACUUAUGUUCGUGAAUUCUUUAAAUUUGAGCUGAAUAUCGCCAUGCGACCCUUAGUACGGCAUCUGGAUGAAGAACCAUAUUACUACGAUCGUUAUAAUACAGAUGAGAGAACUAGACUCCUGGCUUAAUAAAACACAGAGGAGAGAACUAGACUCCUGGCUUAAUGAAACACAGAUUUAAUAACGUUUAGUCAGUUAGUGCUUGUUUUUGGGAAAUAUUUUUUAAAUAUAACUCUGUGAUAUCUCUAUAAUGUUUUUGAUUCUAUGAUGUUUAUCUUGUCAGACAUGUUUUAUAAAAGCUGUGUCGUCUCUCAUCCUUCCAAUUUAAAUAUGGUGACGGUUAUGUAUAUAAUAUUGUGUUGCCAGUGAUGUAUAUAUUGUGUUGUAAUUCAAGGUCUAUAAAUAGAUUUGGGAAACUGUCAUAGAUUAACAAAUAAAAUUUGAAUUCUUAGGCCUCUUGAUGGUCAGCCCAUUCAUUUAAUGAGAGUUGAUUAUAGGCUUUUCAUGUGAAUAAUUGUCUAAAUAAUAAUUUAUAAAAAAAUUUGAUGCCAGAAAAAUUACAGGUUAUUGGCAAUUUAUCUUUUGCAUAAUGGGUGUUUAAUUUGUCUGUCUUGAAGGCCAUAAUGGGUGUUUUAAUUAAUUCUUAGUGUAUCAUGUAAUAAGUGCAAUGUUCAAAGCUUUACAUCAUUUCUUCACAUAUUGUUAUCACUGUAACCUUUUAUAAUUUAUUAGUAUAUAUAUAUAUAUAUAUCUACAUGUGGGGAGGUAACUCUAGGCUGUAUUGUUUAUACAGUCAUAUGUUAGAUAAGUUAUAUCUCCUUCUUUUUCUACAUGAGGUAAACAGACAACAUUCCAAUUUAUUUUCAUUAGAAUUCACCAGUCAAACAUUUAAUGUGAAAACUGUGACAUAUCAGGCCCCUUGCUGAUAUAAUAUUUAGAGCAAAACAGAUUUAUAGGCACAGAAUUGCAUUGAAGUUGGUCUAGAAAUAAUUAAUAGACUUACUCCAGAUAAUCUGGGACAGCCCUUUGGCUCAAAUUUUAAAAUUUCACCAAUUUCUGUCCAAAUUGGUAUGUUCUUGUAAAAUGUAUUUUUUUUUUAUUAGACCUGCUAAUUAUUUUUUAUUAAUGUGUUUUUUAAUCUGAUCCUAUUUGAUUUUACUUUUUGAACUUUAUUUUUAUUUCUCUUUGUAACAGUAGGAUGUGGAAGAACUUAUAAAUAAACUGUGUUUUGUUUGAUCAGAGGGGUGGGGGGUAGGUAGUGUAGGGUUUGUUAUGUUUAGUUACAAUCAAUAGUUUUCAGCAUUUAGUCAAAGUUCACCCAUAAACCUGCCACAUUGUAAUGCAGGCCAUUAAUGAAAUUUAGAUAUAUGUAUUUUAAACUGAUUUGAAGGAUACCAUUUAUGGAAAUAAAAAAAAAAAUAUUUGUGCUCUGCAAGCCAGAGUUUUCGAGAUGUUUAAUUAAAACCAGCUGAACUCUGUCGAGCAGAGGUAGAAAGAGAAAUAUGACUUAACAUCAACUCAACAAAAACUAGGUCAUUUUGGUUCAAUUUUAUUUCAAUAAUUCACUUAUGUAUAGGGGUCUUUAGCAGUAGGGGGAACUGGUAGGACCUGAAAAAAACCCAUUAGGUUAGACAGACGAACAUACUCCUUGUCAACUACAAAUUGGGAUACAACACCAUUUGACUCAGGGACAGACAUUAUGCUCCCCAUUCUAUCAUUAAUUACUGGUAAACCCUGGUAACCACUUGUACUUAAUUCGAAUUGACUAUAUUUCAUUCUCCUGGUAACCACUUGUACUUCCAAGUCGAAUAGACUAUAAUUCAGUAUAAUUUGUUUUGUUUUUUUGUUAAUGUAAAUAUGGUUGUAAUUAUGAUUGUAAUUUUUUGUAAAUUUUUCAAAUCUAACGUAAUGGACUAUUGCAUAAUAUUUGUAAUUUCCGUAAAUUACUUAUAAAAUAUACCGUAUAAUUUAUUAGGUGGCUAUUAUUUGUACAUAUAUCAUGUUGACAAUCAUUGGUCUGAUUAUAAUUGUUUUGUUUUCAUAAUGGUGAGCUACAGUGUUGAUCAGUGAAUAAAACCCCGAACAAAACGCUGGCUCGCUAAUCACAAGGUUGUAGGUAUUCAUAUUCCCACUGAGUGAAAUCAUCAAUGGACAUCUGAUGUCUGUAUUCUUCUUAACUCAUGUUCCAUCUACAGGGUUGAUUGCUACCAGGGGCAUGGGGGUGUGACCUAGCCUCUCUCUCCCGGUGACACCUGAGAAUGUUGGUUAGUGUGUAGGGACCAUGUUCAUUCAUCCUAUUUGUUUAAUAAAUAGUUGGUUUAUGAUACAGCCUUAUUGUACAGUAGCUUAUAUUUUAUUUGUUUUAUUACAACAAUAAAUCAUGGUAUUAUAAAUACA